ACACCAGGAUCGCUUUUUUUGCACGAUACAAGAGUCCGUCGAUCUCUUCGGUACGCGCCACCGAAGACACAUCGCCGACGUGGACCGCGAUUGGCUGCAACAGCAUCACGUGAUUGCAACACGCGAAACGGAAACCGUUUGAGGUACCACUCUGGCAAUGCAGAUCGUUGGCAAAGACCGAUGCCGGUGGUAACGCGAUUUACAGGUGACGAGUGAGACAAACAGAGGCAAGAUGUCAGGGCACACCAUCACCGAAACCCAAACCGUCCAAAGUACCAAAGAAUCUCUACCAAAAAGACAAUACAAAUGGAAUUUCAUAUGGAGGAAUAUCAUUCUGUACUUGAUUAUGCAUUUUACGGGGUUCUACGGCCUCUACUUGGCCUUGGUCAGCGCACAGUGGAAGACGAUUUUCUAUUGCUGGUUCCUCCUCGUCAUCGCUCUUCAGGGCGUGACCGCCGGCAGCCAUCGCCUCUGGGCCCACAAGACUUACAAGGCCAAGCUGCCGCUCAAGCUCAUCCUGGUAGUGUUCCAGACCCUCUCCUUGCAGAAUCACGCCUAUGACUGGGCCACUUACCACCGCGUCCACCACAAGUACGUCGACACCGACGCGGACCCGCACAACUCCCGGCGCGGCCUCUUCUUCUCCCACAUGGGUUGGCUCUUCGUCCACCCGCAACCGGAAGUCGAGGAAAAGUACAAAAGUAUCGAUUUCAGCGACUUGCACGCGGACAAAGUACUCAUGUUCCAGAAGAAGUACUACCACACGUUCUUCGCGCCCGUGGUCGGCAUGCUGAUACCGUCCGCCAUCCCGUGGUACUUCUGGGGCGAAAGCUUCGAGAAUUCGUUCUUUAUAGCGACGAUGCUGCGAUACUGUUUGUGCACGAACAUCACGUUCUUGGUGAACAGCAUAGCGCACAUUUAUGGUACCAGGCCUUACGAUAAGACGAUGUAUCCAACGGAAGUACCGAUCGUUUCGGUGCUGACGGGCGGCGAGGGAUGGCACAACUACCAUCACGUGUUCCCGUGGGACUACAAGACGGGGGAGUUUGGCAAGUACCGGAGCAAUCUGACCACGGGAUUUUUGGAUUUGAUGGCGGCGAUUGGGUGGGCAUACGAUUUGAAGACUGCGUCGGAAGAUAUGAUCAUGAAGAGGGUGAACAGGACGGGAGACGGUACCAGGAAGAUAGAUCAGUUGAUUCAUGGGUUGAAUGACGAUCAUCACCAUGAGGACGACCAAGUCUGGGGGUGGGGAGACAAGGAUAUGACGGAGGAGGACUUCAGCUACGUGAAGGUUUACAACCGGAAGAGUGAUUAGAUCGCCGUAUGGGGAUUUAUUUAUUUGUUCCAAAGCCAUUAUUUAUUGUUUUCUGCAUACCAUUCAGUGGAAAUGUGGUACACAAAAAAUAAAGUUGUAGAAUUAUGA